AUGAUCCUGCUUCAUCAUUUGGACUCAUUCACCUCAGCUGACACAUUCAGCAGCAGACAGGUUUUUGUAUCAGUCUGUCUCACUGUGGGAGGAGGAUGGAGCCACCUCAUCUUUGGCUCUGGGACCAAACUGAGUGUAACAGAUGAGCAGGUAGUGAAGCCCGUGGUGAGCGUGUACCCAGCAGCAUCCAGAGCCCACCUGGAGGGGAGCAGCUCCCUGCUGUGUGUGGCCUCAGCCAUGUUUCCUCCUCUGGUCCAGUUCUCCUGGAAAAGACAGAAGAAGAACGGCGGGCUGGAGGAGCUGCCCCCUGCUGAGGGAGAGCAGCUGGAGCUCAGAGAGCCGGGACGCAGCGCCUCCAUCUUACUGAUCCCUCAGAACAGCACAUGGAAAUACAGCUGCUCCGUCAAGCACGAGGGGGGCACAGUGGAGGCCCAAACACAAGAAGAGCUUCCAGCUCCAGCAGCCUCCUGUCCUCCAGAGAGAGAGCCAGCAGACCUGCCAGCUCUGCAGCCAGCUGACUGGUCCUUCCAGUCUCAGUGCAGGGUGAAGCUGCUCUGCCUGCUGUCCACAGUGCUGAUAGUGAAGAGUCUGGUGUACUGCUGUGGACUCUCUCUGCUGAUGAUCCUCAGAAACAAGGGAGCGUCCACCAACUGCACACAUGCUGACUGACUGUUUUCUGCUCGCCUUUUCUCACCAUCAAAUCUCAUCCAUUCAUCUCAUUCAUCACUUUGAUCACCAUUCACACAUCUGAGUUAUGAUGUGUUGUGCUUAUUGUUGCUUUGAUUCCAUAGUUAGAAGAUCAUCUGAAAUCAAUCAUCUUUACAUGUAUUGUUGCUCUGAGUUAGAAUUCUUUUUGGACUUAUUGUGACUUUUAUUGUAGGAACAAAAAUCAUCAGG